CUGCUGAUAUGUAUAAGUUGUGGUUAUGCCUACGCUCCGUCUCACAGUACACAUAAGGACUAAUACGUCCUAGACAUAAGGUCCUCAGGCACCUCCUGCACAGGGACUCGGGCAGCCGUCGGUUUUGGUCCUCGCACGAUGCAUUCCAUAACGACCGGCCUUGCGUUCCUCGUCGCUGCAUCUCUGCUCCCAGGUCACUCCGUAGCAUCUGUGUUUGGCUCCCGGGAGGAUGAUCCUUGCGCAAAGGUUGCGGGGCAGCCCUACGUUCCUCCUGCGGAUGCGCGAGCUUGUCAGACCUCCUUCCCGUUCAACGAGACUCUGCGCCAGAACGUGCUCGAUGUCAUCUCCAAGGUGUUCGACUUCUACACUUUCGAGGACUACUACUUGGCUCCUACUCCCGAGUUCAACCAGCCGGCAGUGAACAUUCGUGACGAACUAGCCAGAAUCAACACUACGACCUAUUCGUCCGACCACGCAUUCAAUAUGGAUCUAUUCCACACGAUUAACGGCCUGAACGAUGGUCAUACCGGCUGGUAUCCGUACUGCUACUGGGAUACCUUCCAGAACGUGCUCCCUGCGCCCGUGACAUCUCUCGUAGUCAACGGCGCUGAAGACGUCUAUGUCGUUCCAGACCUCGUAGAGUUCAUAUCUCUCCUCGGCACGAACUACACAGGCUACUUCGACUCGAUCGGCUUUGACUGGGCCCGGCUCGCAGGCGCACGCGUCGUGAGCAUCGAGGGCGUGCCUGCGUACUCGUAUGUGGACCACCUCGCCGACACGGUCUCGGGCAACUACUUGGACCAUGGCGUGCGGGUGAACAGCGUGUUCAGCAGCUACAGGAUCAACACGGGUAAUUACUCGCAGCGGCUCGGUGACCUUGCAGGUCCGGCGUUCCCCGACCUCGACAAUCUGACUAUGGAGGUCGUGCUGGCGAACGGGACGGAAUCGGAGACUGUUGUGAUUCCGUAUCUGGCAUCGUACGUCGGAAAGCCAUUCACGGACGCCGCAUCCUACUGGGAAAACAACUGCGCGGCGAACAACGAGACGAAUGGUGUCAACUUGCUUGUCGAGGGCGUUCCGGAGAGUAGGGAGAGCAUGAUUCGCCAACCCCGUGCCGCGCUGGCAGCGUCGCGCUCGUUGGGUGUCGGGCUCCCGUCUCAGUUCCUGCCGAACUUGACUACGCUUGAUGGGGGAGACGCUCUCUACAGCUACGUCCUGCCAGGCAAUAAAACCGGUGUGAUGUUUGUCGGUACAUUCGAGCCCGAGGAUUACGUUGGAUUCCAGUUCCAGGUUGAGAGCGUUGUAUCGGCAUUCAAGAGUGCUGGUGUAACUCAGUUGCUGGUUGACUUGUCGAACAACGGCGGUGGCUACGUCUGCUUGGGUCAGUUCUUGCAUACCUACCUUGCAGGCGCAAGCUUUGGUUUCCCGGGCUUUUCCACCACUGCGCGCGCGAGCGACCUUGCUCAGGCGAUCAUUUCAAACGACAUCAAACAGGGCUUGAGCAGCAUCUACUCUCUGUACGCGGGUAGCAACUGGGGUAACCCGGCUAACGACUCUCUCUUCUCCGAUUCAUACAACUGGAUUGAGCCGGAUGUGACGAAGACUAUCAACGGCGUGGAAUACGACGAGUCGCAACGCAUUUACGACAUUUGUACUCCGUGGAACGUCACGAUCCCUGAAGACCCGCCAUUUGAUUUGUCAAAGGUCGCCAUCGUGGGCAACGGUGACUGUGCGUCGACCUGCGCACAGUUCAGCACGGUGAUGUACGAGCGGCACAACACGACGGUCGGCAUGGCCGGCGCACAGGUUCUGGAGUGGGCUGACAUCGAUACGGAAAUCAAGACUACUGGCGUGAAGAAUGACACGCUGGCGCCCCCGGAUCUGCUUGUCGAUGCGAACUUCCGCCAUAACUGGAGAGCAGCUUACAGUUGGCGUGACGGGAACCAAGACACUCCGAUUGCAUACCUCUCGGAACAUCCUCAGUUGCGGUUCCCGUACACUGUGGACACAUACAUGAACCCCCAAGCCCUCUGGACAUUCGCACCCAUUUCCCUACGAAGUGCGGAGCAAGUUUUCGGCUCGUCCUAG